AAAUAUGUUUAGACGUCCUCUGCACGUGUUUCUCUUCCUCAUAAUAUGCCACACAACCCUUGGCUCAUUCAUGAAACACAAGUACAUGGUGGACGUGGAAAACGGCUAUUUGUGCCCUGACAACAGCCAACUCGAAAUCCCAAUGCGAAAAUACCGAAUCGAUCGCUUGAAUCGCACCCACCGUGCCAUCACAGCCGACUUUUCUUUAGCGCGCCCCAUUGAUCAAAACACCGAAGGCGGCGUGAUUUUAGAACGCUGGUCUGAUGGUAAAUGGAUGAAUAUGCCCAUUUUUCCCUUCCAGAAAGACCCAUGCAAGAAUGUGAUGACCAGCGGUUUCGACGAUUUGGUCAAAAUGGCCGUUGAUUUCGGCAAAGCCCUAGGCCUGAAAAAUGUGGAAAAGUGCGACAUACCGCCCGGAAAUUACACCGUCAACAAUUACGCCAUCGAUAUCACUAAUAGUGCCCCCUUUUGGGCCGGAAGAUUCCGGGCUACGAUGGUUCUAAGGGCGCGCGACACGAAAAGGAAGAUUUUUUGUGUCGGGUCGUUGCUAAACUUCGUCGAAAUUUGAUUGCGAAAGAGUUGGGGAAAUCCAUUAGUACUAAUUGAAAAUCUGUCACAAUACAAAAUGUUUUCGUCGAAACUUGACCUAUUUUGUUCUUUCCUUAUUGUAAUGCAAACCAAUUGUGAAAAAAUUACACCAAAUCAAGUGAUAACGAACAUAAACCAGGCAAUCGAAGUCCAAGAAGGUGCAGAUUAUCUGGGCUUGAGAUUACCAAAUCAUAAAAAAUUAACACGCGAAAUGUUCAAUUUUUCGAACAGUAUUCGAAUAAUGACAGUUCAGGCUCCAAACGUUGAAGUCAUCGAAAGUGGGUUUUUACAAAACUGGGAUUCCCUGUAUUGGGUUCAGAUAACGAUGACUCAAAUAACGACAAUACGAAAACACACAUUCGAAAAACUGCAAGUUGCAAAAAUUAAUCUAAACCGAAAUGGGGAGUUGCGAAUAAUCGAAAAUGAAGCUUUUGUCGACUUGGCUUUCCUCGAACAUCUCGACUUGAGAGAUAACGCUUUAAUCGAAAUGGACCCCAAAAGUUUUACUCGAUUACCUGCCUUGUUCGAUUUGAGUUUGGAAUCAAAUCAUUUACGUAAACUUGGAAAAAAUUCAU